UGCCAGUCAAUGCCACCUAUCAAUGCCAGUCAGCGCCACCUAUCAGUGCUGCCAAUCAGUGCCACAUAUCAGUGCCAGUCAGUGCUGCCUAUCAAUGCCAGCCAGUGCCACCUAUCAGUGUGCAUCAGUGUCGCCUAUCAGUGCCCAUCAGUGCUGCCUAUCAGUGCCACCUAACAGUGCCAGUCAAACCCUUCUGUAUCAGUGCCGUAUCAGUGCUGCCUUUCAGUGCCCAUCAGUGAUGCCUGUUAAUGCCCAUUAGUGCCACCUACCAGUGCCUCCUCAUCAGUGCCCAUCAGUACCACCUAUCAAUGCCCAUCAGUACAGCCUAUCAGUGCCCAUCACUGAAGCCUCAUUA